UAAACGACGUUGAUAAGGGUGACCAGCGAUACGAAGGAAUGGAUGAUGGAUGAGGGUCAUCGAUCCGAUGCCGACUCGGCAAUCUGCAAUCUGCAAGGCCAACUUCCCGACAAGGACAAGGACAACAUCCAUCUGCAAUGCGACCAUCACCAACCAUAUUUCAGCCAUCUUCUAGGAAGUGUUCUUGAUCUCUCUCUCCCCCCCCCCCUCUCUCACCCUUGACUUGAUCGAUCAACUGAGUGAACACAUAAUACUCAUCAUGCCUUAUCACCCACCAGUUCCAGGCUCCGACAUCAAGCCUUGGGCCCGCGCAGCCCCGCGGGGGUAUCUCUUCACCAACGCCAACAUCGUGGAUGUACAGGAGGGUUGUAUCCUGGAGAAUGCCAACCUCAUUACCCGCCACGGGAAAAUUGAACUCGUCUCCGCAGCUUCUCCUUCGCCCGAGGCUUCCUUUCCUUCCGAGCUGAAAGUCAUCGACUGCAAAGGCCACUAUCUAUGCCCGGGCCUCUUCGACGCCCACGUCCACCUGUGCGCCGUCCCCGGCUACAAAGACCUCUCCAAAGCGUUCGGGAACUCAGACCACGCAUCCCUACUGCGGCAGCCCUUCGUAGCAGCCCAGAUGCUGCAUCGCGGCUUCACGAGCGUCCGCGACUGCGGAGGCGCCCAGCUAGCACUGAAGGAAGCCAUCGACGACGGGGUCUUCCCGGGGCCCCGACUCUUCAUCUCGGGCCACGCCCUCUCCCAGUUCGGCGGCCACGGCGACCUGCGGGGCCCGCACGACCAGACCGAAUGCUGCGGCGGCCUGCACCGCAACAACCACCUGGGACGGCUCUGCAACGGCGUGCCGGAAUGCAUGUCCGCCGUCCGCGAGGAGAUCCGGUGUGGCGCCGACUUCAUUAAAAUCAUGGGCUCCGGGGGCGUCGCCUCCCCGACGGAUAAGCUCGAGCACCUGCAAUUCACCAGCGCCGAGCUCGAAGCCAUGGUGGAGUGCGCGGACAACGCGGGCACGUUCGUCACUGCGCACGCCUACACCGUCAAGGCCAUCCGGCACUGCAUCGACCACGGCGUCCGGGGCAUCGAGCACGGGAACUUCGUCGACCCGCCCACGGCCCGACUGAUGGCCGAGCGCGGCGUCUACCUCACCCCGACCCUGAUCGCGUACGCGCAGAUGGCCUCCGACCAGUGGCAGGGCUACCUGCCGCCCGAGUCGCAGGCGAAGAACGCGCAGGUGCUGCAGUCCGGGCUGCAGGCCCUGAAGAUUGCGGCGGAGGCGGGCGUCACGAUGUGCUACGGGUCCGAUCUGCUGGGGCCGUUGGGGUCGGCCCAGACGCAGGAGUUCGCCCUGCGCGCGCAGGUGCUCUCCCCGCUGGAGAUCCUGCGCAGUGCGACGGUCCAUCCCGCGCAGAUGAUGGGUUGCGGGGAUGUGAUCGGGCAGAUUAAGGAGGGCUUUCGCGCGGAUGUGGUCUUCCUGAACCAAAAUCCGCUCGAGGAUGUGACGGUCUUUGAUCGGCCGGAGGAGCAUGUGCUCGGGGUGAUGAAGGAUGGCCGCGUGUGUAAGAGUCGCUGGAGCGCGCUGGCGGAGGAUGCGGAGAUUCCGGUUCGUGUUCAAUAUAACUGACUUAUGGGAGUAGAUGUAAGGAAUUGAUUUUUGAUCCUCCCAGUGAAUGAGCCUUUCUGGGGGUCUGGCUUUUCUCAAUAGUGCUGAUCUUGUGGUUACAGUGUAAGAAGCUCUUUGUGUGUUGAGUGAUUAGCUCAAAUGCAUGCGUGGGUUCCUAACAAGGAAAGCGCGAGAUGGCUGUGACUGCUUCAAGUGGGCAUUUACAAAGAGCGUGAUAGGAGUAAGGCGUGGCUGUGACCUCUCCGACUAAAUGCCAUUGAUGUAAUAUGCAAGUGGCUUCUACAAAUCUUGGUUAAAUGAUGAUAAGUACGAUCAUUCCAUCUGGCCCAUCAGACCCGAGAAAUCCAAAGCAUCUGUAGAAGCUGCUAGAGUGGCUAACGGCCAGGUCAGGUCAGGUUAAUUAGAAUUUUUAUACCUGACCGCCAGG